GUCAGCCGGUUGACGAUUGCGGAAGCGAGUCUUAGCUUUAGCCUGGCAUCCUCAGAACCAAACACAGAUAAAAUAUCGCCGUGUUAGACCUCUUUGAAGCCGGGGCGUCAUCUCGGAUAUUGGAUGAAGGGCUCCUUGUCGGGUCCCUGCUCUCUCCCUCUGUGACCCGAAGCGAGGCGAAGCUGACCGGCCGACGGAGAUGGAGGAUCCUGGUGGUAGUGCAGCUGAGGGCGGGACUCCAUCCCAAGCAGGUGCCCCCAAGUCAAAGCUGGACACGCUGUCCAAAGACGACCUCAUCAAAUAUGCCAAGAAACAGAUAGCCGCCAUGCAGAAGAUGAAGAGCAAAUGUGCCGAUUUGGAAAAAGAAGUUGAAUCCCUCAGGCAGCAACCCAAAACUACUGAAAAAAGUUCAGAGGACGCCUUGUUGAUACAGGAGCUGACUGAACGGAUGGAUGUUUUACUCCUGGAGAAAGCUGAAACUCAGCAAAGUCUGGCACUCUCGCGUAAAGAGCUAGAGAGAACCAAACAGCAAGCCAAGGAGGAUCUUGCAGCGCUGCAGAGCGAGCAUGAGCUCGCUGUUGGAGACCACCUCAGCAAGGUCAGAACUCUGGAGAGCAGCAUCGAGGAAUCCAGACACAAUCACCGGGAAGAAGUGGCUCGUUUCCAGAAAUUACUCCAAGAGCGAGAGGAGCGCGACAGAGAAAGGGAGAGCGAAAGAGAGAAGGAGCGCAAGGCAGAACAUGCCAGCGCUAAGGAGAGUGCGGAAGAAGUCAGACGUUCCUUAGAAGCUCAACUGGAAACGCUUCGAGCUGAAAUCAAAGCAAUCCAAGACAGAAGUUGCGAGGAGGCUGCCGAGUUGGAGGAGAAAUACCAAAGGGAGUUGACGAAGGCCCAGCAGGACGUGGAGAACCUGAGGGAGGACCUCGCUCAGAAGACUCUCCAGCACGAGGAGGAAAUGAGAGCUCUGGAGGAGGAUUGUGAGAUGGAGAGGGACCGUCUCGUUUUGCUGACAGAGGAGCUGACUGAGCAGCUUGCUCUAAAAGACAGCCACCUGCAGGAUGUCCAGGAGGAAGACGAGGAUCCCAGCCGCGGCUCCGGCAUCGCCAGGAUGCUGGAGCUGUCCGGGUGCCAACAAGCCGAACCUCAGAGCGACGGAGGGGAGCGCGAGGUGAGCCGACUGAGAACGACCCUGGACGACCUCCAGGCCCAGAACACCAUGCUCCGGGACGAGCUCACCCUGCUCGGCAACGUGAAGGGGGAGCUGGAGGCGGAGCUGGAGCGCGUCAAAGAGGAGUUCCACGUGGAGAAAGAAGAGCUGGAGUUCAAAAUAAACGAGCUGCAGAUGAUUAAAGACAGUCCUGCCGCCGAUCCUGUGGCGAAGCGUGAUCCCGAGCAGCAGGGAGUCCAGGCGGAAGUGAAAGACGCCCUCGGCAUGUCAGCCGAUGACCAGAAGCCCCCGAACCCGAACGAGGAGCUGAGAACCCAGUGCGAGGCCUUAACCAGAGAGCGCAACGCCGCCGUAGCCGAGUGCCAGCACAUGAGAGACAUACUUCAAAGUGUGGAGACGGAGCUGGGCGAGAAGACCAACGACUUUGUCCGCCAGUACAACGCCAUGAAGGAAACGGCGGCGAACACCGUGCAGGAUCUCCAGGAGGAGAUCGAGCAGCUGAAUCGACAGAGAGAGGCGACGCUGGCGAGGAUGACGGAAGUCACGGAGGAGAGAAACACGCUGAGGGACAAUAUGGAAGACCUUCGACGAAAACUGGACCGCGCGCUCGCGGAAAACCAGAGCCAGUCCACCCCCACGGAGGAGCAGACCGCUUUGAAACAGUCCGUGACGGAGCUGACCGUGCAGAACGCGGAGAUCUUCUCCCAGCUGAAGAUGAAGGAGAACGCGAUUCAAGAUCUGGAAGAGAUGGUCGCCGCGCUGUCUGAGGAGCGGGAUAAAACGCAGCGCCUGCUGAAGCUCCAAGAAGACCAAUUGCAAAGUUUGAGCGCCGAGAAAGCGAGAGAAAUCCAGGUCUUGUUGGAGGAGAAGGAAAGGGAAACACUUUUACUUAGAGACGACAAAAACAAGGAGACGGAAAGCUUGAGAACGCAACUAGACAACGAGGCGAGACAUCUGAAGGAGGAAAGAGAAAAGAUGGAGGAAAGUCUGAAGGAGAAGACAUUACUUUACGAGGAAGCCGUUUCCAGCUCGGAGCUGAGGAUCAAAGAGCUCGCCGCGGAGAAGGAUGAUCUCCAUCGGAAACAGGAGCUGGCUUUGUCGGAGCUUUCCACGCUGCGGGAGGACAGGACGCUUCUGGCCUCCAAGCUAGCAGACCUGGAGGCUCAAAUGGAGCAGAGAGGGGCUGAAAAGCAACAACUAGAGGAGAAGUUCAAGUCCCUGACCGAGGAGGCAGACAAGACCAGCGCCUCUGUAAGGCUGCUGGAGGAAACCCAAUCCGAAGCGCUCCAGAAGACCGCCGAGGAGCUCCAGGAGCUCCGGACAUGUGUCGAUGAGCUGGAGAAGGAGAGGAACCUGCUAAAGAGACGCCUCGAAGAGGCCGAAGCCGAGAAGAGGGACGAGGACGUGCGAGCGGACUUACAGGCUCACGUCGGAGACCUGGAGAAGGAGCGAGACAUGUUGAGGGCAAACCUCGAGGAGGUCGUCAGGGAUGUAGAGGGGCUGCAGAGAGACCUCCAGGACAUGAAGUCGGUAAAUGAGAAGAUUAGCGAGGAGAACCAGAAACUCCAGGCUCAAAUCUCCCUGGCUCAAGAAGAAGAAGAAGAAGAGGAGGAGCGGGAAACAAAGAUGGAGAAGACGCUCAGAGAGCAGCUGGUCGAGAAGGACGCUCUGGUAUCGCAGCUGAGGACUGAAAUAUCAGCUCUCCAGGAAUCUAACGCCCAGUCCGCUGCCUCCGAGGAAGACGGAGCCAACGACACAUCCAAGAAAUUAGCUCUCCUCGAGGACAAAAUCAAAGAAAAGGACGAGAGGCUCAACAAAAUCAAGGCGGUCGCGGUUAAAGCAAAGAAGGAGCUGGACAACAGCAAGAAAGAGGUUGCGGCCCUCAAGGAGGAAGUAGCAUCACUAAAAGCGGAGCGGGAGAAGAUUAACACCUCCAUGAAAGAUAUAAUUCAUGGAGCUGAAGGAUACAAGAACCUGCAGAUAGAUUACGACAGGCAAACCGAGCAACUGGAUAAGGAGAGGGAGAAGGUGGAGGCGGCGGAGAGACAGAUUGCUGAGCUGACCAAGCGACUCAGCAGUGCUGUCACACAGAAGGACGCGUUGAGCAGUGAGAAGGAGGAUCUCCUGGCGGGUCUGGAGACCCUGAGGAGCACAGCCAAGCAGCUGGAGACCAAGAACCAGGAUCUGCAGAAACGCCUGGCCAGCCUGGACCGAGAGCUGCUCGCUGAGAGAGCCAUGAAAGAGCAAAAGCUUAAGGACCUGUCGUCGGCCACGAAGGAGGUGGAGGAGCUGACAGCACAGCUCCACAAGCAACAGCAGCAGUCUCAGCAGACCGCCCAGGAGCUGGACCAGCUGCGCAAGGAGGCGCAGCAGAGCUCCCUGAUGGACAUGGAGAUGGCCGACUAUGAACGUCUGGUGAAAGAGCUCAAUGGAAAACUAACAGAGAAAGACGAGUGCAUGGAGGAGCUCAAAGGCCAGAUUAACGCGCUCACCCAGACGCAGGAGACCCACAAGCAGGAAAUUGAGGCUUUGAAGUCUCAGCUGGACCAGGAGGAGGAGAAAACCAUGAAGAUGAAACAGCUGCUGGUGAAAACCAAGAAAGAUCUGGCAGAUGCCAAGAAGCAGGAAAGCUCCCUCAUGAUGCAGCAGGCGUCCCUGAAAGGAGAGCUGGAAGCCAACCAGCAGCAGCUUGAAACCUCUAAGAUUGAGAUGUGUGAGCUGACGGGCGAGCGCCACCGUCUACAGGAGCAGCUGAAGUCCGCUUUGGAGCAGCAGCAGAGAACCAGCAGCUCCCUGCAGCAGCGCGUCCACAGUCUGCAGCAGGAAAGGGACGCUGCAAAGGCUGAACUUGUGGCGACAACAAGUGAGUUUGAGAGUUACAAGGUGCGAGUCCACAACGUGCUCAAACAGCAGAAGAGUAAAACCAGCGCCCAGGCUGAAGGAGACUCUGGCAAACUGGAGAGGGAGCAGCUGUCCUCUCAGGUGGAGCAGCUGAGGAGCAGACUGUCGGAGAGCCAGCAGAGCCUCCACAGCAGCCUAGCCGAGCUGCAGCAGCUCCAGACUGAGCACGACACUCUCCUGGAGAGGCACAACAAAAUCCUGCAGGAAAACGUUGCCAAAGAGGCCGAGCUCCGUGAGAGGGUUUUGACAUUGCAGACAGAGAACGUGUCCUUAAGGUCAGACCUGUCCCAGGCUCAGGCGGACCUGUCGUCCCAGGUUGAGAGCCAGCGUCAAACCUACAGGGAGCAGCUGAAGAAGCUGCAGGACGACCACCGGUCCACCGUGGAGACCCUGCAGGGACAACUGAGCCGCGUCGAGGAGCAGCUCUUCAACCUGCAGAGCCAGAACAGUGCAGUGUCGGCCCUGUCCAGCCGUAAGACGCUGGCAUCAGAACUGCAGCGGAGAAACGCCGAUCAGAGCCAAGCAGGAACGAUGGGUUUCAACGAGCUGCAGUCAAUGGCCAGGGAGGAGGGAGAAGGCAUGGAGACCACAGAGACGGAGAGAUCUUCCCCAAAACUCUCACCCCUGCCCUCUCUGGAGCAGCUACUCACGUCCCCAGAUCCCAAACAAGAGCCUUUUGUGUGGACGGUGGAGCCGACCAAAGAGGAGCUGGUGGACAAGCUGAGCACAGUCACCCGCAGCAUGGAGCACAUGAACGGCCUCCUGCACGAAACCGAGGCCACCAACGCUGUCCUUAUGGAGCAGAUCACCCUGUUGAAGAGCGAAGUCAGACGACUCGAGCGAAACCAGGAGCGGGAGAAGAGCGUGGCCAACCUGGAGUAUCUGAAGAACGUCCUGCUGCAGUUCAUCUUCCUGCGUUCUGGCAGCGAGAGGCAGGCGCUGCUGCCGGUCAUCCACACCAUGUUGCAGCUCAGUCCAGAGGAGAAGAGCAAACUGGCCGCAAUCGCACAAGGUGAGGAGGAGGGAAGCGGCUCUCGGGGCUCAGGGUGGUCCUCCUACCUCCACAGCUGGUCUGGGAUCAGAUAGACGUGGCGACCGACCAAAUCAACCAGAAACACUGACAGUCCACUGCAGUAACACAACCGAGCUCCUCUCUUUGGGAAAAUCUGUAACAAUGAUGCCGCACACUCGCAGUGGUUGUAACCGGGGCAUUUAAAGCAUCGUUGGGACACAGCGGGCAGGACCAAAGAAUGUAUGU